UAUAGGUUAUGUAGGAUUUCAUGUAAAUUUAAAUAAAACAACUAAGUUGUGUAAAAUGCACAGUAAGGGGGCCUUAAAUUUGUUGAUAGAUUAUGGAGGGGAUAGUUCAGAUGAAGAUAACCCAGGUCCUGGAAUUUCAGUAAAAAGAUUACAUGAGACCGAAGGGGAAGAAUUUGAAAAUUCAAAAAAAGUUAAACGGUUACCUGUACCUAAUAUUUUUUUAAGUGAUGACAAAACGACAGAGUCUUUCGAUGACCCUUUAUUACAUAGUGGAAAAUUAAGAACUUUUCCACACGAAAGAGGGAAUUGGGCCACUUAUGUUUAUAUACCUUAUGAAGAAAAUGAGGGUAUUAAUGAAUUAAUUGAUGUCAUACGAAAAUGUACACAUGAUGUGGACAUUAAAAAAACAGACAACUUCCAUAUAAGUUUAACAAAAACUAUAGUCUUGAAACAUCACUGGAUUAGUUUAUUUGCGAAUAGUAUAAGGACCAAAAUGGCUUGUAUUAAGAAGUUUAUGAUACUUUUCGAUAGUUUGAAAGUGUACUGCAACGAAGAGAGAACGAGAACGUUUAUAGGAUUGCAGAUUAAGACUGGAUAUGAUUCCCUGUUAAAAUUAGUUGAAUCCUUAGACAAAUGUUUAUCAGAAUUUAAUUUACCACCAUUCUACGAAAACCCAUCCUUUCAUAUGAGCAUAGCAUGGUGUGUCGGAGAUUUUGAGGAAGAAUUAAAAUCACUAUUGCCACAACUUAAUCGUCAGCUGCAUGAACUUAUGGAUGAUUUUUCUCAGGAAAAUUGGUAUAUUUAUGUCCAGUACUUAUUGUGUAAAACGGGGAACAAAUAUUUCCAGUUUUAUUUGACUUGAUAAAUACGAAAUAACUAAAAAUCCCUAGUGCAAAAUAUUUCACACCGGUUUAAUGAUAUACACGAUUUGGCGAGAGAAUAAAAUUGUUAAAAACUUUUUAGAUGUUCAUUUAUUUUAAUGUAAUAUAAAUAAA